UACACACGAGUAUUGUUGUUCGACACUACACAAUAUCAUCAACAAAAAAAAAAAACUUUCCCGAGGUUUCUGUUUCCCUUUUUUUUUUGUAAAAUGGAGUUUGAGACUUCCAAACGAGUCCAGUCGGAGGAAGGAGAAGAGAAUUUAAAAGAGGAACAAGUGUGUAAGCAGCUACAACUGAAAUUGUCUGAAACGCAGCAGGCGCUGAACAAAAGAGCGGUUCUCAACCGCAUCCGCAACCACAAAUGUAUUCACAAAAUCAAGAGUCUUCUUCACACCACCACCGCGGGUAGUAACAAGGGAUCCACCGUCGAUGCUGAUAACCGGUGGAUUGAUAGUGGGGAUGUCUUCUCUUGCCCCUGAACUCGGCUUAAAACUUGGACACGUGUAUCAGUUUAUGUCAACGUGUGUCGUGUUUGUGAUUCUCACUUGUGUCUUCUUGUUGUCUUGUGAUGAAUCAUCUUUGUAGAUCUCAAUGUUUAUGAAUUAACGAUCACCGUUGAUCUCAAA